AUGGCGCACUUGUUUGGCCCCUCUGACUGGGGGGAGAUGACAAACGGAGAGGGGCGCCCUCACCUCCACAAUGGAGGCUCCAAUGGGGGGUCCCACUGCAGCUCCAGGUACAGGGUGAAGAAGAAUCCCCAGCACCGAAGGCACAAGUCUCACUCUCCUAUGGGCCGUGUCAUCCUCAUCAACACGACUGAAGAUGCAGGAGAUGAGAGUGAGGACCUCCACACUGUCACUGUGGACAGGAGUCCAGAUGGACGUCUGGGCUUUAGUGUGCGUGGCGGCUCUGAACAUGGACUGGGCAUUUUCGUGAGCAAAGUAGACGAUGACAGCUCUGCAGCGCAGGCCGGGCUCACAGUAGGGGAUAAGCUGGUGGAGGUGAAUGGAGUGAGCAUGGAGAGCAUCACCAUGAGCAGUGCUGUCAAAGUCCUGACUGGGAACAACCGGCUGCGCAUGGUGGUCCGCAGGGUGGGCAAGAUCCCGGGCAUCCGCUACUCCAAAGAGAAGACCACCUGGGUGGAUCUGAUUCACCGGCGCAUGGUGGUGGAGGAGAAUGAUGGGACCCCUUCUAUAGUGAGCUCGGACAGCAACGCCCUCAGGAGGAUCGUGCACCUCUUCACCACCUCAGACGACUACUGCCUGGGCUUCAAUAUCAGAGGAGGCAAAGAGUUUGGACUGGGCAUCUAUGUGUCCAAGUUGGAUCCCGGUGGUCUGGCUGAGCAACAUGGCAUCAAAAUGGGCGACCAGAUUCUGGCAGCCAAUGGGGUGAGCUUUGAAGACAUCAGCCACAGUAACGCAGUGGAGGUUUUAAGGGGCCACACGCACAUCAUGCUAACCAUCAAGGAGGCUGGACGGUACCCUGCAUACAAGGAGAUGGUUGCAGAGUAUGGUUGGCUUGACAAAUUGACCAAUGGGGGUCCAGUGUCGUGGUCACAUGGUUCGGACACCAACUCUUCGGCAUCUUCGUUGUCCUCGGGCACCCCUCUAAGUUCAGUGAGUGGACUCUCCCAAGUUCUCUACCCUCCGGUUUUUGGCCACGAUAUGGUAGACGUCACAAUAGCAGCGGAGGAGCCACCCAGAUACCAAAUCAGAACAGAAAGGACGAAUGAAAUCGCCAUUCAAACUGACCUUCCCUACCAUGUACUAACAGAGGAGCUACCGCCAUCAGAAAUCACCUACCCGGAUCAGAUUGUAGUAGGAGAAUCAAGUAGGACUUUUGGGCAGACGGUGCUCCUAAAGGAUACGGUGAUACGAGGGAAAGGGGAGGGGCCUAGAGAGAUGGGAGGAGCUGGAGAGAAGAGGCGGGGCCGCUCCAGGACGCUGUCGUCAGGGGAACGGGACGCGCCCAAUCACUCACCCAAAACGGCAGCACUUAUGGCUCUGAGUGGACCGCCUAAGCCAAUCAGACGCUCACAGAGUCACCUCACAGCAUCAGAGGACAGGCAGAAGAAGCAGCAGAAGCAGAAGCCAUCAGCUGAGGGCCCCCCAAACCUGCAGCGCUCCAAAACCUUUGUCAACCUGCUCUUCAAGAAGGAACGCAAAGAAAAGAGCCGCUCCAAGUCCCCCUCCCGACAAGCACAAUCAGAUAAGGAGCGAGGGCGUCCCUUUAAGCUCCUGUCCUCUCCUAAAGAGUCCCGUGCAGGGGUGAGGGACACCAGCCCCCAGCCCCACCCUCAGACCCUGCAGUAUGUGGACGACAUGGCCAAUAGGGUGCUGAGUCCAGAUGAGGCACAGGCCGUCAUGAGACACUGCAAACGGUUUCUAUCAGAAAAUGUGCUUGAGGAUCUGAUCCGUCCCCUUCUGGCAAUCCUUGACCGUCCAGAGAAACUGCUGCUACUGCGAGAAAUCAGAAUGCUGAUCCCCACCUCGGAGCUGAGCCGUUUCGACACCAUGGUCAUGCCCUUUGAACUGGAGGCCUAUGACGUCCUCAAGAGCCGCUCCUUGCGAUCUCCAGCUCUGCGCUCUCCUCGCUCUGGAACACCUCGUCGCCAUCUCAUCACUCCAAUCCCAGACUACCAGGGCGGGUUCCACCUACAGCCAAUGCCUGACCCUCAGAGGGAGAGAGAGCUGGUGGAUGAGCUGGAGAGACUGCGUGUUUCCAGUGCUCAGUCUGGGCCUCCUGCCCCCUCUCGCCUCUUCACCCCUCUGCUGGACGUCCCUGUGGACAGCUAUGGGCGUUCACGCUCUCUUAGCCCCUCCCCGACCCACAGCCUGCUGCACUCGGACUCUGCCUAUAGCUCAUACAGGGGUCAGCCACAGCGCCCCCCACAGCACAGGGAGAACAGCGCAUUCAGGACUUACGAGCGCAGCUCUGCGUCAGACCAAGGCGAGGGCUUCCAUGAACGUGGCCGCUCUCCUGUGAGGAGCGUCCGGAGCAGGAGCGUCAGAGAGACCAGUCCGGACCAGGGCAUCCAGGGCACGUACACGGGGUAUACAGAGGUGAACCUAAAUGUGCCCGCCCCGCGCACACAGAGGACACCCAUAGCACAGAUGUUUGAGCCGCAGGGAGACACGAGGCCAGCAGGGGGCAGAGCAGAUGUCCCAGUGAUGAAUGGACAUUCCCCGAAUACUGGUAAAAAGAGCCCUCCUGUUGUGACGGAGGAUUAUGACAUCACCACAAUCACCAUCCCCAAAGCCAAGCAGUCUCUGGGCAUUAGCAUUUCCGGAGGCAUCGAGUCCAAGGUCCAGCCCAUGAUCAAGAUCGAAAAAGUCUUCCCGGGCGGCGCUGCAUCCACAAAUGAGGCCCUCAAGGCUGGAUACGAGCUGCUGGCAGUGGAUGGAGAGAGCCUGCACAGAGCCACUCACCAGCAUGCGGUAAACGUCAUCCGCCGAUCCUUCAGUAACAAGGCCAAAGACCCCAUGAUCUUUGUGGUGAAAGUGCCCCGGGCCCCCAGCACCCCCAAGAGCCCCCAGAGACCAGCACACUGACCCCUGUAGGCCUCUGUA